GCUAAAUAUUCUACAAGUUAUUGAUACAUUAUCUUAGUGUGCUUCGUUGAGAGACAUGGUUUGGAGAGAAACAGAAUAGGCUCGAGUGCAACUACUAUCUUACAGAACCAUGUCUGCAGUGCUCAGCAACACAUGCCAGCAAACAAAAGAAAAUUCAAAAAGAAAUGAAAUUGCACGUCGACGAUGGAAGAUACUUGCACGUGCCCUUCAAAGAAGUAGCGAGGGUGAGGCAAAUGAAGAUGAAGAUGUAUCUGUUCGACGCUUCACCUCAUUUCAUCUCUUCACAAUGAAAUUUUUACCAUCUUAUAAUAAUUCCACUAGCUCUGUGGCAUCAUGGUCAGAGUACUCUGUAGUCGUUGCACGUGAAAAAUAUUCCAUAUUUAUUCGCCACCCCUUUCCAAAUUUCACAGCCACAGAACUGAUGGGAUUCAAUAAUACAGGAAAUAUUUGUAUUUGGCCUUCAGAAGAAGUACUAGCAUUCUACGCACUGUGUAACUUACAACAGUUUGCUGGGAAAACAAUUCUUGAACUAGGGGGUGGCAGCACUUGUCUUGCUGGUCUUUUUCUUGCUAAAUAUUCAUCAGCUUUCAAGAUACAUCUUACUGAUGGAAAUGAAUCUGCCAUGAAAAAUGUUCAGUAUAUUGUUGAUCGUAACUUUCCACAGGGAAAUGACAGACUUGUAUGUUCUGUAUUAGAAUGGGGAAGCUUUUGGAGGCUAGCUGUUAAUCAGCAUAUUAAGCCUUAUGACAUAAUACUGUCUGCUGAUUGUUUGUUCUUUGAUGAAGCAAGAAAUGAUUUAGUAGAGACUAUAUGGACAGUCUUGAGUGAAAAUGGGACAGCUUUUGUAAUGGCACCGCAAAGGGGUGAUACAUUUGACAAGUUUAGACAAGAGGCAAAGGCAAGGGGGUUUAUAUGUUCAAGCAAAAAGCAUUACAGUGACCAUGUUUGGAACAGACACUUGCAGGUCAAACAAAACUGUGAUUAUGAUGAAAAUAUCCAUUAUCCACUGCUACUUAUUUUGAAAAAGUCUAUGCCAGCAGAAAUUGGAGACCAAUUCAACCUCUAGGGAUUAUAUCUUGCCUUUACAGAAAUUAAUGAAUUGUAUUAAAAAGUUACAAAAUUUCAGAAGUAAUUAUAUUUGAUCAUUUUACUGAACUAUGGUGCCAUAAUGAAACUUUGAAAGAGAUAUCAGUAUUUUCACAUUGUUGUUUUGUAAAUGAUGAAAGUUAAUCUAGUCAUACUACAAUUGAGUAGAAUUGAUGUCAAGUAUACUGUUGUAAAUUUAUUGGAGUGUUUGGAAUUUUAUAUCCAAGGAUCAGAAACGUUUGUGCCAUUGUGUAAAAGACUGAAAAAAUUUGUGAACUUAGUUUUAUUAUUUUAUUGAGGAUUAUUUACUUCAAACAGAGCACUUUAUAAUAUUUGCAAAUCAACUGGUACGAUGAUUCACAAAUUUUCAGUAACUUAAAGCGUACAAAAGAGGACUUUUGAGUACUGUAUAUCUUUGUGUUCCUGUUAUGUACGUAUACUUUUUUUAUGUAACAGGUGGAAUGUUUGGUUCUGAUGAUUGUAUUGAGUGUGUCAUUCCUAUCCAGUAAGCAAAUUGCCUGUCUUUUUGACAUAUGUAAUAACACUUACCGCUCUUUCAUUCCUAUUCUUUCCAUUGUGCGGGAUGGACUCGAAUGAUUGUAUGAAUACUUGCCGUAAAUUAUAGAUUCUGUGUCAAGUUGUGAAAGAUAUUGCUUGACAGUCACAUCCAGUACAUACUUAACUAUUUUGAAAAAGCUUUAAGUAUCUGUACUUCUGUAGCCUAGAUGUAAUAGACAGAUGGUGUCUUGCAACUGCAGUGAUUUUUUUAUUAUUAUUUCCUUGUUCUUACCUGCCAGUGAGCACUGUAUUUUAUGUUGUAACUCUAUUUUAAAAUGAAGGUAUGAAAUAGUGUGUAUUUUAAACUGUAUUAGUGAGAAACCAUUCAGCACCUAUGACACUGCAGUUGCUAGAUGCAUCUUUCUUUUAUGAUUCAGUUAUUUCCUAACAUUCCUCUUUUUACCUUUUCUACAUAUCUAUUUUUUAUUGUUUUAAUGUAAUGAAGAAAAUUUAAAGUAGUGUUGGAAGUUCACAUCUGGAUGCAAUUUCAAAAUUCUUGUUCAUAAAAAUAUUUGAAAACGUUAUUAACCUGAGAGGCUAGAAAAUGGAGAGUGCAUGGCAUGAGGAAACUUAAACUCAUAAAUAUUCACAAGGACAGUCUCUCUAAUGAAACACAGCCAUUUUGAAGCAUGAAUACUGUACUGACUGAUAGGAUUGGCCGGAAUAUAGUUGGUACCAGUCUUUACCCCUUUUUUUUUAAUCAAGCGAUUCAAAGAUUCUGAUGUAGCUUUGUUUCUCUCUCUCUCUCUCUCUCUCUCUCUCUCUCUCUCUCUCUCUCUCUCUCUCUCUCUCGCGCACGUAUUGUGAUUUCUGUAUGGUAUUAAUGCACUCUUCAUUCUUCUGGACCAUCAGGUUUUUUCUUUAUCCCAUCCAGUUAGUUUUCAUUUACUUCCUUCCAGAAAUCACAAAAUAUCUUUUACUUGAAAAUUAUGUUUGUUCAGUGAUUUCUUUUCAUUCUCCUUGAGAAAUGUCAGAGGUAUUAGUACAGCAUUGUUGAUGUUACAGUGGUAAACAUUUCUGUGUAUUGCAUAAAAAAUUGUUAAAAUAUAUUGACUAGUCAUUAUAUGUAGUAGUUUGUGUGUGCUUUAAGCAAUGUACAAACAAAAAUUGAAGUUUAUCAUUAACAAUUCUUAAAAGGAAUUGAUUUCAUUUUGUAACAGAAAAUUAGCCUAAGCUAUUUGAUGGUGGUGAUAUGCAAUUAAUACAUUUCAUAAGGCAUUCUUAUCUGUUUUUACAGAUUGAUACUUAUAUCACCGCACUCUGUGAAUAGUUUGUAAUUCUCAGGGAUGCCAUUUUAGAAUGUUAUAGACAGAUAAAUGUAGAAAAUGGGAAGAGUUUUUCUAUUGGUAUGAAAUAGCCAUUAUGUGCAUAACAAGAAUUAAUGACUGUUCAUGAGGAUUGACUGAAGUUAUGAAUCUCAGAAUAAUGCUUUCUCGGUGCAAAAAUAUUUUAUAUCUUUGACAGCUAUUUGAGAGAGACACAGUGUAUUUUAAACUCUGCCCAUUGUGGUACACACACUUGAUGUUUUAUAUAAACUGAGCCAUGUUGCACUUUAUUGGCAAGUAAUGUGGCUAUUUUGAGUGAUUAUGGAGUACUAUGGUAGUUAAUACUCUCCUUCUAGUCAGUAAAACUAAUAAGAUUUACAUCUUUGUGAAUAAAAAGGAAGCUAUUUUUAAACAACACUAUUUUGAAGAAAAUAGUGAUAGUAACAUGUAGUUCAUGUUUCUCAUUGUUCAGUACAGUUUAACAGUUGUGAGAAACUAUAUACAUUAGCGUAGCAGAGUGCUUUACAAGCCAAAGCGAUUUUGGCUUUUGGAGAUAAUGUGCACAAUAUUGUUUUAAAAUACUUGUAUGUAACUAGGUUUCUUUUUAUAAUUGGUGUCAUAAGACUCUCACUUGCUUCCUUGUUGUAUGUUGUUUUAUCAUAUUACUCCUACAUAUCGCUUUGGUGUUAACUUUAACAUAUUGAGCAGAAUGCUUUACUGCCAAAAGGUGACUGAAGUAUGGAAUAUUGUGUAUAACCUUGUGCCAGCAGUGUGUCAUUCACUGUUAAACAUCUUUGGUACACCCAUUGUUUCUUGCACAGUAAAGAAAUCUGUGUUAAGGGUAUAUAUUAUCUACACUAGAGAUGUGACCACAUUGCCUUCUGGUUAUUAUUUACUUUGUUUCUUGCCAACUAAGAUACUUCCAAAUCAUUUUUCAAUGUAUGUAACUACAUUUUUAUUUUGUUUUGUUUGUACAGUGCUUGAGAAAAUGUUCGAAGUCUUUGUGUUCCUAAACACAUCAUAAGUGAUGUGUGUCAAAGUAACAAGUCAGUAUUAGUGAUACCUUUCCCUUUAUACCUGUCAUGUAAUAUUUAAUGUUCUUUGUGAAUGUUCUUCCGCUGGAAAGGGGAGUAUUUGAUUUAGUUGUUACCUAGAAAAUUAACUUCAGAAUUUUCCAUUUCAUAGUGUUUCUUUGGGAUUGAACUUUUGGUACAGUGCCAUACUGAUUUAAGCUAAAAUAUGUA